AGGGAGUAUUUGUGUUGCAGCUCCCUGACGAAGAAAGCACCAAAAAAACGAGGUGUUAGUGUUAAAACGUUGUUACUCUUGUCCCCCAAACCCUACCAGUAUCGUAAUCCAAUACGUUUGUUGAAUUGAAUCAGCAAAGCAUGAAAUGUCAACGGUCUCUGUCUUUACCCUGCCUUUAUCACGUCCACCCAUCCCCCCACAUAAAUUAAACCCACACUCCCUUUCCAAACACAAACACAAACACAAACACAAACACAUCGCAACUCAAGAAAUGAAACUAGCUUGGUCACCAGAGAGAGCAUCCAAAGCAUACAUCGACACAGUCCAAUCUUGCCAGGUUUUCCGCGAAUCCGGAGUGGCGGAGUUUAUUUCGGCCAUGGCGGCGGGGUGGAACUCGCAGCUCAUAGUGGAGACGUGGUCGCAGGGAGGACUUAUUGCCACCAGCGUGGGAUUAGCCGUGGCGAGGUCUCACACGUGCGGAAGACACGUGUGCGUAGUUCCCGACGAGCGGGCGAGGUCGGAGUACGCGGAGAGAAUGGGCGAGGCGGGCGUGACGGCGGAGAUCGUGGUGGGGGAACCGGAGGAGGUGAUGGAGGGUUUGGUCGGCGUGGACUUCUUGGUGGUUGAUUCUCGAAGGAAGGACUUUACGCGUGUGCUGAGGCUCGCAAAGUUGAGUAAUAAAGGUGCUGUCUUGCUCUGCAAGAACGCUAAUUCAAACUCCAAGGGUUUCAUAUGGCGGAGCCUCGUGGCGAAAGGUUCUUCGCGGCGUGUUGUUCGUUCGGCGUUUCUUCCUGUGGGGAAGGGACUUGACAUGGCACACGUGUCUGCCUCUGGAGGUAAUAAUAGCUCCGGACAUAGAUGGAUUAAGCAUGUUGAUCAACAUUCAGGGGACGUGCAUUUUAUUCGACGAUGAAUGAUUCUUGUUUCUUAUGUUCAGUUUCACCGCCAUAUUAACCCAUUUUUCUUCCCUUUUGUAAAUACAGGACUAUGUGUAUGGAUGUAGUAUAUAUUACAAAAUUAAAGGAUUAAUGUUUACUCGUCGUGUUACACGGUGAGAAGGAGCUAAACUCAAUAUUGUUUAUAUUGCUUCUUUCUCUCUUGUAACUCACAAAUCAUUCAUUUCUUUAUUUACUUAUGAAAUGUAUAUAUAAACAUUCCUUGCUCCUUUUUCUGUC